AUGAAGGCUUCCUUGUUCGUCGCGGCCGCCGGCCUGCUGGGCUCUGCCCUCGCCAACGGGCAGCACGCCCACGCCCACGGCAAGUUCCAUCGCCGUGGAACUGCGCCAGCUCCUCAGGAGACCUGCGGAUGCACCACCAGGGUCGUCACCUACUACGCUGAGCCAACUCUGGUGUCUGAGCCCGAGAAGCACUCGACGACGACCGUCAAGUCGACCAGCUACACCACCCUGACCGUCGACGUGACGGCCUCGCCCUCCGAGGCGCCGCUGCCGACCAACAUCGUCACCGUCUACCCAACUCCAGGCACCUACACCAUCCCCGCGACCACCAUCAUCGUCUCCAAGACGACCACCGUGUGCGAUGCCACCUCCACCCCCGUUGCCCCUGGAACGCACACCUUCGGAGGUGUCACCACCUCGGUGACUACCGCCACCACCAUCACCUGCCCCUAUGCCACCGUUGAGCCCACCGGCAGCACCUUCACCAGCAUCAUCAAGAUGACCACCUUCACUUGCCCCAGCGCCGGAACCUACACCAUUGCUCCCUCCACCACCGCCGUCGAGAGCAGCACCGUGAUCGUGUACCCAACCCCAGCCACCUUCACCCCAGGAACCUACACCCAGCCCGGCAAGACCUUGACCGUCACCAAGACCAAUGAGGUCGUCUUCUGCCCCAAGCCAACCAACGCCAUCCCAGCACCACCAGUCAAGCUCCCCGUCUCCGUUCCCGCAGUCCCAUCCGUGUCCGUCCCAGUUCCCGCCGUGCCAACCAAGAUCCCAACUCCAAAAGUCCCAACCCCCAAGGUGCCAGAGGCCCCAACCAAGCCUUCAGGCGGCGGUCUCGGUGGUGGUGAGAAAUGGGGUAUGACCUACUCUCCAUACACCAACGACGGCCAGUGCAAGGAUGCCGCUGCUGUCCUUGUCGACAUCGGUGUCAUCAAGGGCUCCGGCUUCAACACUGUCCGUAUCUACUCUUCCGACUGUGACGGUCUCAAGCACGUCGGUGACGCCUGCAAGUCUCACGGCCUCAAGAUGAUCCUCGGUGUCUUCAUCUCCGAGACCGGUAUCGAGGGUGCCAAGAAGCAGGUCACCGACAUCACCAGCUGGGGCAGCUGGGAGCUCGUCGAGCUCAUCGUCGUCGGUAACGAGGCCAUCCACUCCGGCCACGCUGACGCCGGUUCUCUCGCUGGCUUCAUCAGCUCCGCCAAGGGCUCCUUCAAGGGUGCCGGCUACAACGGUCCAGUCACCACCACCGAGCCCACCAACGUCUGGCAGGCCAACGGCCCCGCUCUCUGCGGUGCCAUUGAUGUCCUCGGUGCCAACAUCCACUGCUUCUUCAACCCAGACGUUACCGCCCCAGACUGCGGUAAGUUCGUCGCCGGCCAGAUCGAGCUUCUCGGCAAGAUCUGCCCAGGCAAGGAAGUUGUCAACCUCGAGACCGGCUGGCCCAACAAGGGUUCCCCCAACAGCCUCGCCAUCCCCGGCUUGAGCCAGCAGAAGCAGGCCAUCGACUCCCUCAUCACCUCCGUCGGAUCCAAGUCCGUCUUCUUCUCCUUCGGUGAUGACGCCUGGAAGGCCCCUGGCCCAUUCGGCAUCGAGCAACAUUGGGGAUGCAUCAAUCUCUUCCAGUAA